GCGCUUCCCAGCAUGCGCCGCGGCCAUCAGCGGGAAACCAAAAUGGCGAAUGCACCAGAGGAAAAUUAUCUGUUUGUUAUUUUCUGAAGAACAGUGCUGGGGUUGCGGAUUGUGGCGUCUAAUCUAGUGAGGUGAAAUAAAAGAAAGCGGGGCUAAAAUAAAAGAGCUCCAAUCUAUGAAGUUGUUCCAUUGUUCGGGUGAUACCGCCAGCGGAGGGGACCGAAUGAGAGACUCGGUGACUGUAGACCACUCGCCCGCCCAGCAGAGAGCCCACUCCCAGAGGCAGCAGCAAGCGGCCCCCCUGUCCCCUGCCAGCUUGUCUGGUGGAGAGGAUUAUGGAGAGGACAGCAUGCUGGCUGACAGGUUCAAAGAGGGCCAGGACGUCCUGGCUCGCUGGUCCGACGGCUUAUUUUACCUGGGCACAAUCACCAAGAUAGACCGGGACAAGCAGCGAUGCUUUGUAGUGUUUGAAGACCGGUCCAAGUCCUGGGUGCUCUGGACAAACAUCCAGACAGGAGAUGAGGACGAUGACGAGGACGAUGAUGAAGAUGACAUAGUGUGCUCCAUAUGCCAGAAUGAAAGUUCAGAGGAGCCCAAUGAAAUCGUCAUUUGCGAUAAGUGUGGACAAGGGUACCAUCAACUCUGCCACUCCCCCAUCAUCGAUGCCACAGUCAUCGACUCGGACGACAAGUGGCUCUGCAGGGAGUGUGAGCUCUCUGCUACCCCCCAGAGGGGCAGUGCCCAGAAGAAGGGCUGCAGCACCAAAGCCCUGCAGCUGCCCCAGCAGGGCGAGUGGCAGCUGUACUUCCCCUACCACCUGGACGACCUGCUGUGGGACCAGGGCCACAAGACCAAUGUCCAGCAGAGCUACUGCUACUGCGGAGCCCCUGGAGAGUGGUACCUGAAGAUGCUCCAGUGUAACCGCUGUCAGCAGUGGUUCCACGAGACGUGUCUGCAGUGCUUCCAGAUGCCAAUGCUCUCGGGAGACAGGUUCUACCUGUUCAUUUGCUCAGUUUGCAACUGUGGACCCGAGCACCUCCGGCGGCUUCCCCUGCGAUGGGAGGAUGUGGCCCACUUGAGUCUGUAUAAUCUCAGCAUUAUCCACAAGAAGAAGUACUUUGACUCGGAGAUAGAGCUUAUGACCUACAUCAACGACAACUGGGACCUCCUACAGCUGGGCGAGCUCGCCAACACACUACGAACACAGCGCUACGAACACAUCUUGGAAGCGCUGAACAAGAACAGCAGCAGGUUCAUGUCUGGGAAGGAGAUCAAGAAGAAGAAGCACCUGUUUGGACUGCGAAUCCGUUUCCCUCCGGCUCCGCCCAGCUCCGAGGAGCCCACCAACCGGGUCCCGGAGAGGGCCUCUCACGAGAUCAUCAUCAAGGGGCGCAAGUCCUCCAAACCCCUCCUCAACACCAGCGCAGUGACCAAUGGGACCGUGAAGAAGAGGAAGAGGAAGCAGGGCGCACAGUCCGCAGAGACCCUCGCUAAGCUACGCCAUUCCACUGAGCUCCUCUCCCAGGAGCUGAGGAAGCCUCAACUGAUGGAUUCUCAUUCCAUGGAUCUUUUAACCUCAAGCAAGAGUGAUCGUUCUCUGCCAUCCGCUCAAACCUCAGACGUGGAAUCGAUCAGUGCCCUGAGCACCUCGGAAACUACCUCAACCAGCCUCUCAAGGCAGUCCAGCCUCUGUAGCUUAAAGAAGCAACACGCCAUGGCCCCGAUGAUGCCCGUCACCCAGCCGCCCGUCAAGAGGAAACGAGGACGACCGCGGCGGGCCCUGCAGCCCCCGAACCCAGAGAUCCUGCCCCCGGCGCGCCAGCCCACGGCCGCCACCACCACCACCACCCCCGCCACGGAGCCCUCCGGGCUCCAGCCGGGGCUGCCCUCCACAGACAUAGUGCACGGCCUGGGCGCCCACGGCCAGAUCUCCACCCUCAAGAGCUCCAUCAGCAGCUACUUCGGAGCGGCCGGGCGUCUGGCCUGCGGGGAGAAGUACCGGGUGUUGGCGCGGCGCGUCACCCUCGACGGCAAGGUCCAGUACCUUGUGGAGUGGGAGGGUGUCACCGCCUCCUAGGCUCCGCCCCUACGCAGCCUCACCUGAUCCAUCGUUACCAGCGCCAACACCAUAGGUUGUGUUCUCAAACACGACUCGCCUCAAAGCAUCACAUUUUCCCUUUUUUUAAAUUCUUGUUUUGGUGGUGCUCCGACGGGAGAAAGGGGUCUGGCAGUAACGCUGACUGUAACACGCCCGUAGACGCGCAUCAUGGGGUGAUCCGCGGAGAUCAGGCUACGUGUCACAAAGCCUUGGUUUGCCAAUGUCUCUGACGGUGAAUCCCAUUUUGUUUCUAUACACUGAGUGCUCGUUGAAUACCAGACAAUAGCAACAUUUAGCCAAAUAUCCUAACACUGCACUAUGCCGGUCACUGAACCAUUUACUCUCCCUGUGUGUAUUCUGCAUUAUUUUUUCUAAAGCCGCCACAGCUGCUUUGAUUUCAUUUCUAUUUCUUUUAUCAAAGGUUCAAUUCCAGGUUUGUUUGAAAGCAGAAAUUGUUUGAUGGUAUUUCAGAAAUGUAAAAACAAACUAAGGAAAUUGUGGUUUAAUCAACAAAAUGUGUGAUGCACGAUUGUACCGGUUCUGACACCUAUGUGCAGUAAGAAGUGAUCAGUGCUUGAGAACAUUUAUUUCAUACCAAAUUUAAAAAAAGUAAUGGGGGUUUAUCACCAAAGUUCCCUUCUACAGACUCCUAGCAGUGAAUAAUUCCUUGGGCAGAACUAACACUGUUUGUCCAUUGAUUUGUGUUUAAAAGUGGUCCUUUUGGUGAAUAAUCAAGUUCAUGUGGAAUGUGAAACAGAAUUGUUCUGUUGCUGCAAACCUGGUAUUAUUUUAUAUAAAGGUAUACUAUUAGUUUUUCUACUCCUGUGUUUUAAUCUGGCUUUCUGUGAUUUUUCUUCUUGGAUUCAAUUGCACAUAUCAUUUUCCACUUGUCUAUCAUCUCGUUCAUUCUGCUUUCAUAUACUCUGUUCAUUCAAGGCAGUAAUUCUAAUUUAAUUUUUUUAUAUAUAUAUUUCAAUUUUAUUGCUGGGAAGAACUUUUGUCUCCCAAUCCUUUUAGCAUUAGUGUCAUAUUCUGAAGACUGGCAUCUCUUAAUAAAACAGUAUUAUUUCCA